AAUAGGGAGAAUGAACGUUUGACAGCUGGCUCUUUUGCUCGUACAGAUUGUUUCGAAACAAAACAAUACCUAUGCUUAAUUUAUUUGUGAACGAUUUCGGAUAGUUAGACUGCACCUUUGCUUUUAUGGCCGCUGCCGUGAGGAAUACUGUGUGGGUUGCUCCGGGGCAGGACGCGCAGUUUCUUCAUCCAACCACCGCGCCACUGACAGCCGACGGUCUGAGAGGUGAAGAUCAUGGACAAGUGCUCUGUAACACGAGGGAUGCCAUCCCGGGAACUUCCUCUUUUCAUGAUUAUAAUUUGGGCAAAUCUGACAUGGACUACCUGUCUCCGCACCAACAGGACAUAAUGAAUUCCAAAAUGUUGUGCAGGGACAGCGCUCUGAUGCCAGAGCCGCCUUUCAGCGAGGACUUUGCCUCUCCGUACAGCGUCAACAUGAGCUUGCUCCUUCCUGACGUCCCAUACCUGCACCCUGGUCUCUGCAGGACGAUGAGACCACUCAAAACAGAGCCGUCACACUCUCUGAUGCACCCCAGCUGUCAGGGCAACAACAGAGGGCCACUAACACUCCCAGAAUACACAGGUGUUUUAAGUGCAGCCGACACAGCUAGCGGUACAUUUUUCAUCAAACAGGAAGUCCCAGAUUUCCAGGAUGUCCCCCUGUUUCAACUUUUGAACUCUGAUUUGGAGGAGCUCGUUCAUGGGUCACAGCUGAACUCCAUCCCCGUGGCCCCAUUAAGUCUUCCUAUUGGCAACGUCCAUGUAGGCCCAGUGCAAAAUUCUGCUAAACCCACAAGCGGUUCUCAAAAUGAAUGUUUUCCAUUUAAUCGAAACUUAGGCCGUCAGCAGAGACCAACCUAUUUGCCGCCCUCUCCACCAAGUUCUGAUCCUCCGAGUCCAGUCAAGGGGAAGGAGCUUCUUCACAAUCUGUCCCCACCUCCCUCCUACGAAGCCAGCAUCGCCUCCAAGUUAACUUUUCAGACCAAUAAUCCCAUUGAUCCAGGACAGACUUCUAGUGUAGCUCCAAUCCAGUGCCCAGACCAGAAUUCCAAUCAUGGAUUAGUCCAAAGCCCAGGUCCUGCGCCGGUCCAGCGUUCAAGCCUAACACCAGGUCAGAUGACGCCAGGUGUUGGCCCGCUGUCCCCAGUGUUGGCCCAGUCAGCUUCAGUUAGGUACAACAGAAGGAAUAAUCCUGAUCUGGAGAGACGGCGGAUUCACCACUGUGAUGUUCCAGGGUGCAGAAAAGUAUACACCAAGUCGUCACAUUUAAAAGCCCAUCUACGGACCCACACAGGAGAGAAGCCGUACCAGUGCUCCUGGGAGGGAUGUGAGUGGCGCUUCGCCCGUUCUGAUGAGCUGACUCGCCAUUUCAGGAAACACACCGGGGUGAAGCCUUUCCAGUGUGGCGUGUGUAGCCGCUGUUUCUCCCGCUCUGAUCACCUGGCCCUGCACAUGAAAAGACACCAGAGCUAGAAAACCCUCUCAUGCAAAUCAAGCAAAUAUUGUUUUUAAUUUUUUCAGUAAACAUGGACAAAGAACCAGCACUUACAUAUCAGCAAACAAACAAAUUAAAAACCGUGGAUUAUUUCACUCACUCCCUAGGGGAGACAUUGUUAGCAGUGCUGGCCCACAAAUAACGGUUCUUUAUUUGUUAAAAAGAUUAAAUAUUACUGUUGCCUUACUUUAUUUCCACACAUAUGCUCCAACAUUGGGGGACAUUUUCAAAGAUGUCAGUCAAAAAUCAUUAACCAAAUGUGAUAAUGAAAUAAUAUUCAGCCUUUAUUUUCAUUAGAUUAUGUUGCACUGCAAAGUACAUGAACAACUUCAAGUACAAGUAUUUUCAAGUUUUUCAUUGUACAGAUCAUAUCAACAUGGUAUUGUGUCAUUUAUUUAAUUGAUGUUAAUAGCAAACGGCCAUACUGUAAGUGCAGAUCUAGUACUGCUCCUAACUGGAAGGUCAAAGAAUAUGUGGUUUUAGUCAGCAGGUCAAAGGAUUGGUAGUGUGUGUGUGUUUAACAUAGAAAGUAACAGAAGUUUGUUAAAGUUGUACGUAAAUAAGUUGGGGAUUCACUAAAAGACACAGUAGGAGGAAUACAUUUUGGGAUGACGCUGUUUGCAAGCCGUGUGGUGAGUGCAGCGCUCACAGCAUGACUGUAACACUGCCAGAUUUAUGGGUCACUCUGCCACUGAGGAUAACUCCAAACAAAAUCUAUAUUUACUCAUAACACUGAAGUGAAAGGAAGAUAAUGGGUUUAAGAUAUUAAUCAUAUUCAUUUGGACAGCAAUGUGAAUGUUCUAUAUCUAUGCCCCCUAUACUGUAUGGUAACGUAUCGUCAUUACAGAAAGUGUUUAAUGUCUUUCAGGCAGUUGCAGAGAGAAAUCUAAAUGGUGCAUUGUUGUUUUCUUUCUAUGAACUCUGCAUGAUUUUAUUUAAUUACCAAAAAGGUUCAACGUAUUAUGUUGGGCUUGUUUUGUCCAAUGUUAUUUUCAGCCACGAAGCAAUGGUGGUAAAAGAGUUGUGAUCAGACAAAAUGAACAACUUUUGAGUACAGUAUGAUAUUUCAGCAACAGGUCAAAUUUAGUCUUGUUCAUCUUUCAACUUUGUUCAGGUUGUAAAUUAUCUGAAGGAUUACCAUAUUACUGAUGGUUUGUCUGCAUCGGUGUAAGCUUUUGGUUUCUUUGACUACUAUCCAUGUAUUCCAAUACCUUUUGAAAGUGCCUUGAAACUGCUUGUUUUGGAUGAAUGAAAAAUGAAGCUGCCCCGUUGGGACAAUGUUCUUUUAUCAGGUACUCUACUCUGCUUAAAUGAUUCUGUAUGUUGGCUUCCCCUCUUUAUCGCCACUCUAUAGCAAUCUCUAUUUAUGACCAAGUUUCUUUAUAAUUAGUCGGGUUGAACAAAUAAUUUGUUAAGAUGUUUAUAUUUUUUAUCUGGUGUUUAAGGAUACAAUCUGGUGAUUGUUGUGUGUAUAAAGAUUUGAAACUUUU